AUGUCGUUCCCCGUUGCCGUCCAGUCGGCCAUUUUCUACGUCGUGGCCUGCACGCCAUGCGCCAAGGCCCGGAGCAUCCAGAAGGCAAAGGUGACGUCUAGAAAGGAAAGGGAGGGCAAGGCCAAGCUGGAGACGGAGCAGCCGGGGCUGUACCGGCACCCGUCGCCCUUCGCCACGAACCCCUAUUGGCAGGAGGAGAUCAGCAUGGGGCCCAGCCUGCCCAAGAAGUCGGCCAGCAAGAACUCUAGCCAGCGCGGGCUCUCGAGCUCGGGCAGGGACAGCGACGCCCCCAGCCUUUCCGAGUGCACCCGCGUCGGCGACAGUGGGACGACCGCCGGUGACAGCGCCACGGUGAUAGCCGAUGCCGACGGUCUGUCGGAGGAUUGGAACCGGCGCAAGGGCUACCAGCGUGAAGACGAGGAGCUGUGGGGCCAGUGGUCCGGCCACAAGCUCAAGGACGCCUUCUCCAAGGCUAGGGACUCGGCUGGCCGUCUGAUCGAGAACAAGCUCGGCCUGGAGAAGGACGUGUCCGACCACGACCGCCGAGACUUCUACUUCUCUCCCAAGAACCCCCCGAUCAACGACUACCACCCCCCCGUCGUCAGCAGCAAGGCCCCGCGAAAGGACGCCCACCGCUGGAUGCUCCAGCCCCCGCCGCCCGCCAAGAUCAUGGAGGGCAAGCUGCCCGUCAGCCGAGCCGUCAGCGCCGCCAGCCGAGCCAGCUCGUCCCGGACCGCCGCCACGGCGAGAACCAACGGCACCAGCAACGGCGCCAACGGGCUCAGCUUCAAGAAGGAGAGCGACAUGACGGAGCAGGAACUCAUCGAGUUCCUCUUCACCACCCGGAGCAACCGGUCUACCAGCUUCACCCGCGCCCGCAGCAUGUCCCUCGACGGCGUGGACGAGUCGGCAGAGUUCAGCUACGAGUACGACCACGGCGAGCGGAGAAAGGUGCGCACUGCGUCCCAGAAAAGACGUCGACAACAAGAGCAGCGCGCCGCCACUACGUCGGGAGACUCGGACUCUUCCGACAUGGAUGGGUACGAAGCCGAAGAGGAGGAUGGAAGCCUACGGCCGUUCUCGCCCUCUGCAAGCUCCAGUAAGGGUCUGAGGCCUGGUCCCGGUGCGGCUGCACGCCCGAAGCUAGAGACUAUUGCCAGUAGCGGGCGAGGUAUCAGGGCCUAG